AAAGUGGGUGGAUCCAUGAAUUAUAUAAAAGCCUGCGCGGAUUUUUUACCCGCAUUCGAACUAGUUCAUCCAAGCUAGACAAUCCUAAAUCAAAAUGAGAACCUUCGUUGUCGCGAUGGCGUUGCUGGCCGUGGCCGCCGCCCAAACCCAAACCCCCUCCACCCCUAGAUCGACAUUUGACAACUUCGGAUUCCCCGUGCAAAACAAAUACAACCAGUACAACCGCUACAACCGCUACCAGAACCAGUUCAACCCAUACGGCCAAUACCAGAACUACCAGGGACAAUACCAAGGACAAUACCAGGGACAAUACCAGCCCUUCCAAUACCAGAACCAGAACCGUUACACGAACCCUACCUACAAACCCUUCGUAUUCAGCACCACCGCUGCCCCCGCCGUCUCCUCCGCAGCUCCCCCCGCGGUCUCCUCCGUCGCUCCCGCCGUCACCCCCGCCGCCGCUCCCUCCCCAGCCCCCUCUGCGGUCCCAGCCUUCACAGCUCAAUCCCCAGUCAUCGCUGCCAAGGUAGUCUCAAGCGACGCAGCCGCUUCCAUUCUUAAAUUCGGCAAUGAAAUCAACCCUGAUGGCGCUUACAACUACUACUUCGAAACCGACAACGGUAUCGCCGCCCAGGAGCAAGGUGCGCCCCGCAACUUCGGUGGCAACCCACCCGUCUCCCCUGAUGUAGCCCAGGGUUCUUUCUCAUGGACCUCCCCCGAGGGUGAAGUGAUCUCUAUCUCAUACGUCGCUGACGAAAACGGAUACCAGCCUCAGGGUAACGCCAUCCCCCAGCCCCCUGAAGUGCCCCCACAAAUCGCCCGCGCUCUCGCGUACAUCGCCCAAUACAGCCCCGUCCAAAAGGAGUAAAUUGAAGCUUCGUUUAUUCGAAGAAACGUACUUCGUUUAAUAUAACGAAAUCCACCUAAUAAAUAGAUUAAUUUAAUACUCUUUGUGUCAUAAAAUAUAUAAUAGAUUGUGAUAUGAUUGUUAUAGAUCAACAUAUACUAUACUGAAUGUACCUUUGUUUAUGAAGAAAUAAAAAAAGCUAUAGUUAAUUUCCUA